AUGGGCAGGUCGCGACGAGCUGGACGCAAGGUCCAGCUCAGGCGAUUAGCACGAGCGUACGCUACCCCUGGGGUCUUUGACCCCAGGAUUUUCGACAGGCCAACAGGGCCUUGUAAACCCGCGCUCCCUCUUCAUCCCCCUUCUCCAACAAACCGUCCGCUCGCCCCCAGCCACCCACAUCUCCCACUACCGUACAGGCCUCCGGACCCGUGCCCGGCCAGAACGUGGGCUCCGCGCCCUCCCAUUACUCCAGCGCCUAGGCCUCCAACGGCCAGCCUGGGCAGAGCGCCUCCUGCGCCUCAAGAGGACGCGACGAAGAGGCCCACACCGGAACCGAAGGCCCCCCAGCGAAGCCUGGCCCCGCGCACGACGCGACCCUGCAUCGUGCGGAUAGAGGCUCUCCCCCAGAAGAUCAGGAUCGCCCGACGGCCCAGGACCCAGCUCCGAGCCGCCAACGACAUGCCCUCGCUGGGCUAA